AUGUCAUUUUAUAGCAAGGACUAUCCUAUUGCAUACCCAGGUCUUCUUAUUUGUCCAGCCUUUGAGUUAGGCGAGAAAACUACUGAUUCCCAAGAGAUUAUCAGGUACAUCCCCGGACAUGGCGUGGCAGAACAAAAUUAUGAACUUAAUGGGCAUACAAUGAAAGCCCUAACGGCUACACUCAUUGGCAGCAUUGAUUUCGAAGAAGAUGAGAUGGCGACACAAACCCCGAUCCCGACUACUGAAGCUUCGAACGACGGUGCAUCAAAAGAAGGCGAUGGUCAAGAAAUUAGUGAUAACGAGGCCGGCGGCAAAGGUGAGAGAAGAUACAUCGUAACUGUUAAGGACCAAAAUGCGCUUGAGCGCAAUGUUAACGAGGAUUUUGCGAAUAACCUGCCCCGCGAAGGUAGCAUUGUUCUCGUUAGAGUAACGCGCAUUUCGCUGCAAAGGGCAAAUGUUGAGAUCCUUGCAGUUGAAAAUAAGACCUUGCCGAAGGAUUCCGGGGUUGGGAGUAAUGGGACUGGAGUGACUGCUGCUGGAGGGGGAUCUGGGGCCGCAACCUUCUCGGUUUCACAGGCAUCCUCCGAUCUAGGAGAGACAUUCAGAGGAAUCAUUAGCGCGCGCGACGUGAGAGCCACAGACAGAGAUAAAGUAAAGAUAAUGGAGAGUUUCAGACCUGGCGAUAUAGUACGAGCCCAGGUUAUUUCGCUCGGCGACGGUUCGAACUACCAUUUAUCAACUGCGAAGAAUGAUUUGGGGGUAGUGUUUGCCCGGGCUUUUAACGGGGCCGGUGGUCUCAUGUACGCAAUUGAUUGGCAAACGAUGGUCGCGCCAUCUACUGGAUCCAUGGAGUUGCGGAAAUGCGCAAAACCAUUCUGA